AUCCGGUGAUCCUCCGGCCACCUACUACUCUGAAUGUGCUCCAUUAUAAGCAGAGAUUUGAUAUUUAAGCGUUGUUGAUCGAGUUGUAGAAAUGGCUGGGAUCGUGGCGGCCGAUGAGCUCGGCGUGUCCAGUGGAAGCAGGAGGAGCUGGAUGACAUCUAGCUUCAGGGACCCGUCAGACGUCUUCAAGAGGAAUGUAUCCGAGGAGGAUGAUGAGGAUUCACUUAAAUGGGCUGCAAUUGAGAAACUCUCAACCUCUGAUCGCAUGACAAGAGGGGUUUUGCGGCAGGUUGAUGAGAAUGGGAAGGUUUCUAGCAACGAGGUCGAUGCCUGGAGGCUUGGGGUUCAAGAGAAGAAGGUUCUUAUGGACCGGAUUCUCAAGGUCGUCGAAGAAGAUAAUGAGCGGUUCCUUCGUCGCCUCAGAGCUCGGAUUGAUCAGGUUGGACUUGAGCUUCCGAAGAUUGAAGUGCGCUUUGAGAAUCUAGCUGUAGAGGCCGAUGCAUAUGCUGGGAGCAGAGCUAUUCCCACUCUAUUGAAUGCUACAAUAAACACACUAGAGGGAAUAGCUGGUUUUGUCAAGCUUUCUCCAACAAAGAAAAGGAUUAACAAAAUACUUAGAGGUGUGAGUGGGAUCCUCAAGCCAUCAAGGAUGACUUUGCUUUUGGGACCCCCAAGCUCAGGCAAAACAACCUUUCUUCUGUCUCUUGCUGGGAAGCUUGAUCAAAAGUUAAGGACAUCUGGCAAAAUCACACAUUGUGGUCAUGAGUUGACAGAAUUCGUUCCCCAAAGAACUUGUGCAUACAUUAGUCAACAUGACCUUCAUAAUGGUGAAAUGACUGUCAGAGAGACACUGGAUUUUUCUGGACGUUGUUUAGGUGUAGGAAACAGAUAUGAAAUGCUGUUAGAAUUAUCAAGAAGAGAGAGGGAUGCAGGGAUCAGACCUGAUCCUGAGAUUGAUGCAUAUAUGCAGGCAACUUCCAUGGAAGGGCUGAAGACUAAUCUGGCAACUGAUUAUAUCCUCAAGGUACUUGGUUUGGAUAUAUGUGCUGAUAUACUAGUUGGUGAUGAAAUGAGAAGAGGUAUUUCUGGUGGGCAGAAAAAGCGCCUUACAACAGGGGAGAUGUUGGCUGGACCUGCAAGGGCUCUAUUCAUGGAUGAAAUAUCUAAUGGACUUGAUAGCUCCACUACUUUUCAGAUUGUCAAAUUUAUUAGACAGAUGGUCCAUGUCAUGGAUGGAACAGUGAUUAUCUCUCUUCUUCAGCCUGCACCUGAAACUUUUGAUCUGUUUGAUGAUAUUAUCUUACUGUCUGAAGGACAAAUUGUAUAUCAAGGUCCAAGAGAGAAAGUUCUGGAGUUUUUUGAGGUCAUGGGUUUUAAAUGUCCUGAUAGGAAAGGAAUUGCUGAUUUUCUUCAAGAAGUAACAUCAAAAAAGGAUCAGGAGCAGUAUUGGUCUUUUAAAAAGCAGCCUUAUCGAUACAUUACCGUGUCUGAGUUUGCUCAAUCUUUCAAGUUGUUUUAUAUAGGGCAAGAGCUCUUAGAAGACGCAAGGAUUCCUUAUGAUAGAUCUAGAGCUCAUCCUUCUAUGUUCGCCAAAAAGAAAUAUGGCAUCUCAAGCUGGGAACUCUUGAAGGCAUGCUUUUCAAGAGAAUGGUUGUUGAUGAAGCGCAAUUCCUUUGUCUAUGUAUUUAAGACUACUCAAAUCACAAUAAUGUCAGUAAUAGCCUUGACUGUGUUUUUGAGGACAAAAAUGCCUCAUGAAACGAUUGCAGAUGGAGGGAAGUUCUUUGGAGCUCUAUUUUAUAGUUUGGUCAAUGUGAUGUUCAAUGGGAUGGCAGAACUAGCUAUGACUGUCGACAGGCUUCCUGUUUUCUACAAACAAAGGGAUCUCCUCUUUUAUCCACCCUGGGCUUUUGGACUAUCUUAUUGGCUGCUAAAGAUUCCUCUCUCUCUAGUGGAAUCUGGAAUCUGGGUUGUUCUUACUUAUUAUCCUAUUGGUUUUGCCCCUGCUGCAAGCAGGUUUUUUCGACAAUAUUUGGCAUUCUUCUUUACACACCAAAUGGCCCUAUCUCUGUUCCGCUUCAUUGCUGCUGCCGGUAGAACUAUGGUCAAUGCCAAUACAUUCGGAAUGUUCACUUUGCUCAUUGUUUAUGUGUUGGGCGGUUUUCUCAUUUCCAAAGAUGAUAUUCAGCCCUGGUGGAUAUGGGGUUACUGGAUUUCUCCAAUGAUGUAUGGACAGAAUGCUGUAUCUAUCAAUGAAUUUCUUGAUCCUAGAUGGAACACUCCCAACAAUGACAGCAAUAUUGAUGCACCAACAGUUGGAAAGGCCGUUCUCAAGUCUAGAGGAAUGUUUACAGAUGAUCGCUGGUAUUGGAUUUCUAUUGGAGCACUCAUGGGGUUUUCUUUUAUUUUCAACGUCUGUUUUAUUUUUUCACUUCAAUAUUUAAAUCCUCUUGGAAAUUCUCAAGCACUUAUUCUAAAUGAGGAUGUUGAGGAUGACAGCAUCAAGAACUUGGUAUCAAGUCCAGAGAAGACUUCUGUAAUGACAGAGAGUACCAAAGCAUCAAUGGCAGCCAUUUUUUCAGAUACUAUUGCGUCAAGCUCUGUGGAAGGAGGAAAUUUAAAGCGUAUUCGCACAAUGAACAAACAAACUAGGAAAGGAAUGGUUUUACCCUUUCAACCUCUAUCUCUCGUAUUUAACCAUGUGAACUAUUAUGUGGACAUGCCUUCGGAAAUGAAGAAUGAAAGGAUUGAGGAGAGUCGUCUGCAAUUACUCCAUGAUGUUAGUGGUGCUUUCAGGCCUGGUGUCCUUACUGCACUAGUUGGAGUUAGUGGAGCUGGAAAGACCACAUUGAUGGAUGUAUUGGCAGGUAGAAAAACAGGAGGUUACAUUGAAGGGAUUAUCAAUAUCUCAGGCUAUCGCAAAAAGCAAGAGACGUUCGCACGAGUUUGUGGAUACUGUGAACAGAAUGAUAUCCACUCUCCACAUAUUACUGUUUAUGAAUCUCUUAUUUAUUCAGCGUGGUUGCGUCUAGCACCUGAAAUAAAUAAGGAGACAAGAAAGAUGUUUGUGGAAGAAGUAAUGGAGUUGGUUGAACUUAAUGUAUUACGAGAAGCUUUGGUGGGUCUUCCAGGGGUAGACGGCCUAUCCACUGAACAGAGAAAGCGGCUCACAGUAGCUGUAGAGUUGGUUGCAAAUCCAUCUAUCAUCUUCAUGGAUGAGCCAACCUCUGGCCUUGAUGCUAGAGCUGCAGCUAUUGUUAUGCGAACAGUGAGAAAUACAGUGGACACAGGACGGACUGUUGUAUGCACCAUCCACCAACCUAGCAUUGACAUUUUUGAAGCUUUUGACGAGUUACUCCUAAUGAAGAGGGGAGGACAAGUCAUAUAUGCAGGACCUCUAGGACACCAUUCUGCUAAUCUUAUAGAAUAUUUUGAAGAAAUUCCUAGCAUUAAGAAAAUAACUGAAGGGUGUAACCCAGCAACGUGGAUGUUGGAAAUAACUUCUUCCUCUGUUGAGGCUCAACUGAGUCUGGACUUUGCAGAAGUUUAUGGAAGUUCUUCUCUUUAUCAAAAAAAUCAACUACUAAUCGAGGAGUUGAGUGAUCCAGCACCAGGAUCAAAAGAUCUUUCCUUUUCUACAAAGUAUGCACAAAGCUUUAUCACGCAAUGGUUGGUUUGUUUCUGGAAGCAACAUUGGUCUUAUUGGAGAGAUCCACAAUAUAAUGCCAUACGAUUUUUCACCACUAUCGUUACUGGUGUUCUGUUUGGUACCAUUUUCUGGAACAAGUUUCACAAGUUAAAUACGGAGCAAGAAGUGUUCAAUAUACUAGGCGCUUUAUAUGGUUCUGUUUUCUUCCUUGGAGCCACAAACUGUAACACUGUGCAGCCAGUUAUAGCCAUUGAGAGGGCAGUCUUUUACAGGGAAAAAGCAGCAGGGAUGUACUCACCCUUGUCAUAUGCAUUUGCUCAAGUGAGCAUUGAGAUAGUGUACAUAGCUCUGCAAAGUCUUCUCUACACUCUGAUAAUUUACCCAAUGCUUGGGUUUAGUUGGCAAGCAGACAAAUUCUUAUGGUUUUUGUACAUUACCUUCAUGGGUUUGGCAUACUUCACUCUUUACGGUAUGAUGGCAGUGGCGCUUACCCCUGGCUUCAAGAUUGCUGCCAUUGUGUCCUCAUUUUUCUUCAGCUUAUGGAAUUUAUUCUCCGGUUUCCUUAUUUUCCGGCCGCUGAUUCCAAUAUGGUGGAGGUGGUACUACUGGGCAACCCCAUUGGCUUGGACAAUAUAUGGGCUUGCAGCAUCACAAUUAGGGAACCUCGAUAACCUCAUUGAGAUACAAGGUCAAUCUAGCAAGCCUUUGAAUAAAUUCCUAAGUGACAAUCUAGGCUAUGACCAUAGUUUUCUCGGUUAUGUGGCACUGGCUCACUUGGCUUUUGUCGCUCUUUUCUUCUUUGUGUUUGCUUAUUCCAUCAACUAUCUCAAUUUCCAGAAGAGGUAGAAGAAGUGUAGAGCUAGAAUUAGGUGGUGUGCAUCACCAUGAAGAGGGUUUUGUAAAUCCUUCUUAUGUCACUCUUACAUUCCAAUAUGUUCCUUAUUUUCCUCUAAUAUAUAUUGUCGUUUAUCCAUUUUCUCGGGGGAAAAACAUUCCAAUAUGUUGAUGUCAAACUGAUCCCAUUUCCUUAUCUAGUGA